UUUCGCUCCGUCUCGCCAAUGUGGAAAUACAAACCGGUUCCGAAUUUAAGAAUGCAUAAAAAAAUAACGAAGAUACUCCCGUAUUUUAACAUGUUUCGCGCAAUGUAGAAUCAAUGACAGAAUGACAGUAUUAAAUCACGAAUAAAUGUUCGUACGCAUAACAGACGGAAUACACGUCACCUUUCGUCAGAGAGAUAAGGUGACAACAAAUAGGCGGACAUUGAUAGAUAUCGAUAGUGGCGGCACCAACUUCGAUUAUCGAUACUCUCGACGGCGCGAUUUGUCGAUCUUCGCUAUCGAGUCACCUGUCGGAAUUCGGAAUUAUAACCUGUCGGCUGUUGAGCAAAAAUGGAUGUGAAUCUGUUGAUAUUCAUUUCAUCGACGAUCGUUUUAUUAAUUAUCAUAUGCAUCGUUUUCCUACAACGUAGAUCCGAAAAUGUCCAGAAAACACCUGUAAAUGCUCAAAAUGCUGCAGUACAAGGUCGGCCGAUAAGAAGAGCAGCUGGUGUUAGAAAUGUUAGACAUCGUAUGCAAGGAAAUGCUAAUCACCAAUCAUAUGAAGAAGAUAACAGACAAGUCGAUGAAGAUAAUGAUGAUGCAGAUGACAAAAUAGAAUUACCAGAUCAUAAAGUAGGAGCGAAAAAACGGGCAAAGCUAGCAGCUAAAGCUGAAAAAAAGCUACAGAGAGAGGCAGCUGAACGAGAUAGAGAAGAGCGUAAACGAGAACAACUUUUGCAAGAAGAGAGGGACAAACAGGCUGAGAAAGAACGUGCGGAGGAACUGCGAAUAGAGGAAGCAGAAAAGAAAGCUAGAGAAGAGAAAGAAAAAAAGGAAUAUGAGGAAUACUUAAAGAUGAAAGAAGCCUUUAACAUCGAAGAAGAAGGUUAUGAACAAGAAGACAAAGAGCACGAAGAAAAUUUGUUGCAAGAAUUUCUCACAUAUAUAAAGCAGAACAAAGUGCUAGUCUUAGAAGAUCUAGCUGCACAUUUUGGUUUAAAGACCCCUAGUGUGGUAGAAAGAAUUCAAGAAUUGCAAGCAAAUGGUAAUUUGACUGGAGUAAUUGAUGAUAGAGGGAAAUUUAUUUAUAUAUCAGAAGAUGAACUUCAAUCUGUUGCUAAAUUUGUACGACAACGUGGUAGAAUUAGUGUUACCGAAUUAGCUGAAUAUUCGAAUAAUUUAAUCAAUUUGACUCCUGCAAAUAGUUGUAGUGUUUCAGCUAGUUAGACAAAUAUAUAUAUUAUGAUGUUCUCUAUUUGUAUAUAUUAUGCAUAAUUACGAUUAAAUGAAUUAUUGAUUGAAUUAUAAUGAAA